CGCCUCGGCGGCAGAGGAGACUCGGGGGCCAUUUUGUGAAGAGACGAAGGCAGAGCGGUUGCGGCCGCGUUGCUGACCUCGAGCAGUAGUCGGCUUCUCCACGUAGAACCCGGGAGUAGGAGAUUCAGAAUCGAAUCUCUUCUCCCUUUUCCCACCAGGGCAGCAAGGCGAACCCCAUCCCUACUCACUGGAGCUCAGCUUUGAUUUUUAACCUCCCUUCCCCACCCUUCCAGAACACACACAUUCCCAUUCCAAAACUGAUUUUAUAAAGAGCAUUUUAAACAUAAUGAUGCAACUUGGUGUGCACUACAGCAAAUUUACAGUGAGAUUUUUUUGAUCUUCAGCUACAAAAGCCAUCUUCCUCCUGUUCCCCUUGAAAUCCCAUCCUGCUUUUCCUGUACACUACCCCUCACAAACCACAAGCUGCAGCAACAUGGAUGCCCAGCCUGGAGCAACGGCAGCCAGGAUGACCUGGAGCCAGGGGGGCCUUCGGAACAGAUGCACACCCUUCCUGGGUGAUGUUUUGGCUUUGUGAGGAACCUUAAUCAUCAAAGACAAUGGCCAGCAAUGUUACCAACAAGACAGAUCCUCGCUCCAUGAACUCCCGUGUAUUCAUUGGGAAUCUCAAUACUCUUGUGGUGAAGAAAUCUGAUGUGGAGGCUAUCUUCUCAAAGUAUGGCAAAAUUGUGGGUUGCUCUGUUCAUAAGGGCUUUGCCUUCGUUCAAUAUGUUAAUGAGAGAAAUGCCCGGGCUGCGGUGGCAGGAGAAGAUGGCAGAAUGAUCGCUGGCCAGGUUUUAGAUAUUAAUCUGGCUGCAGAGCCAAAAGUGAACCGAGGAAAAGCAGGUGUGAAACGAUCUGCAGCGGAGAUGUACGGCUCCUCUUUUGAUUUGGACUAUGACUUUCAACGGGAUUAUUAUGACAGGAUGUACAGUUACCCAGCACGUGUUCCUCCUCCUCCUCCUAUUGCUCGGGCUGUGGUGCCCUCAAAACGCCAACAUGUAUCAGGAAACACAUCACGAAGGGGCAAAAGUGGCUUCAAUUCUAAGAGUGGACAACGAGGAUCUUCUUCCAAGUCUGCAAAGUUGAAAGGAGAUGACCUUCAGGCCAUUAAGAAGGAAUUGACCCAGAUAAAACAAAAAGUGGAUUAUCUACUGGAAAGCCUGGAAAAAAUUGAAAAGGAACAGAGCAAACAAGCAGUAGAGAUGAAGAAUGAUAAGACAGAAGAGGAGCAGACCACCAGCUCCAUGAAGAAAGAUGAGACUAAUGUGAAGAUGGAGUCCGAGGGGGGUGCGGAGGAUUCUGCUGAGGAGGGGGACCUACUGGAUGAUGAUGAUAAUGAAGAUCGGGGGGAUGACCAGCUGGAGUUGAUCAAGGAUGAUGAAAAAGAGGCUGAGGAAGGAGAGGAUGACAGAGACAGCGCCAAUGGCGAGGAUGACUCUUAAGCACAUAGUGGGGUUUAGAAAUGUCCCAUUCUUUCUUUAUCUAGGCGCUUGUCUAAGAUCAAAAUUUUCACCAGAUCCUCUCCCUAGUACCUUCAGCACAUGCUCACUGUUCUCCCCAUCUCGUCCUUCCCAUGUUCAUUAAUUCAUAUUGCCCUGCGCCUAGUCCCAUUUUCACUUCCUUUGAUGCUCCUAGUAGUUAAGUCUUAACCCUGUAAUUUUUGCUUUUAAUUUUGAUACCUCUUUAUGACUUAACAAUAAAAAGGAUGUAUGGUUUUUAUCAACUGUCUCCAAAAUAAUCUCUUGUUAUGCAGGGAGUACAGUUCUUUUCAUUCAUAUAUGAGUUCAGUAGUUGCUUCCCUAACUGCAAAGGCAAUCGCAUUGGUUGAGUAGCACCUGAGAGCAGCUUUGAGUUAGAGGUAUGUGUUUUAUACCCCAUAUAAGAGUGCUAUGUGGGGCUGUUCAACACAAAUGUAACAAUGUAUUUUUGUGAAUGAGAGUUGGCAUGUCAAAUGCAUCCUCUAGGUAAAUAAUUAGUGUAAUAGUUUUAAGAUUUGUUUUCUAAAGUUGAUACUGUGGGUUAUUUUUGUGAACAGCCUGAUGUUUGGGACCUUUUUUUUCUCAAAAUAAACACGUCCUUAUUAAACCAGGAAUUUGGAGGAAAAAAAA